CAGACUGGCACACAUGAAUUAGAGCAGCUGAUUCAGGAUCUGCUAUUGUGGGAGAGACUCACUGGGAGCUGUGGUUCAAGCCAUCAAGUCAAGGGACUAAAAUACAUUUGACUCUGUCCAGGAGAAAUUCAGUACUGCCUGCUUAAAAGAUUCCGCACUGUUUAAUUCGCUCAUACACACAUUCCUCUGACGUUUUGCCCAGCGUACACAUUGCUGGCGUGACCAGAAAAAGCUACUCGGUAACACUGAAACAAGGCAGCAGGCAAGAUAUCGAGCGAAAAGACACAAAAUAUAUCUUUGUACUGCUCUGAAGAGAGACACAGGCCCCAGCUACCAUGCCGCUCUUCGGUAAAUCACACAAGAGUCCCACAGACAUUGUGAAAACGCUGAAGGACAACCUGUCGAUCCUGGUCAAACAGGACAAGAAGACAGAGAAGGCAUCAGAGGAGGUGUCAAAAUGUCUGGUUGCCAUGAAGGAGAUCUUGUACGGGACCAACGAUAAGGAGCCUCACACAGAGACAGUGGCCCAACUGGCCCAGGAACUGUACAACAGCGGCCUCCUCAUCUCUCUGGUGGAGAAUCUGCAGGUCAUCGACUUUGAAGGAAAGAAAGAUGUGUGUCAGAUCUUUAACAACAUCCUGAGGAGGCAGAUUGGUACAAGGAGCCCCACCGUGGAGUACUUCUGCUCCCAUCAAGAAGUUCUCUUUAUCCUCCUCAAAGGAUAUGAGACUCCUCAGGUGGCCCUGAACUGCGGCAUCAUGUUGCGCGAGUGCAUCCGACACGAGCCCCUUGCCAAAAUAGUCCUUCAUUCCCAGCACUUCCGGGACUUCUUCAAUUAUGUGGAGAUGUCUACGUUCGACAUCGCCUCUGACGCAUUCGCCACCUUCAAGGACCUUCUUACAAGACACAAGGUUCUCGUCGCAGAAUAUUUAGAACAGAACUAUGACGCGGUCUUCAGUGACUACGAGAAACUGCUGCACUCUGAGAACUACGUGACAAAGAGACAGUCGUUGAAGCUGCUGGGCGAGCUGCUUCUGGACAGACACAACUUCAGCGUAAUGACACGGUACAUCAGCAAGCCUGAGAACCUGAAACUCAUGAUGAACCUGCUUAGAGACAAGAGCCCCAACAUUCAGUUUGAGGCUUUCCACGUCUUUAAGGUGUUUGUGGCCAAUCCAAAUAAGACCCAACCAAUAGUAGACAUCCUCCUUAAGAACCAGACCAAACUCAUCGACUUCCUUAGCAACUUCCAGAAGGACCGCACAGACGACGAGCAGUUUAACGACGAGAAGACGUACCUAAUCAAACAGAUACGGGACCUGAAGAAGCCAGCCUCUUAAAAAUACCCCAAAUAGAUACCAAUCACACAUCCUCUUCUUUUUACUGAGGAAAACACACACACACACACACACACACACAAAUAUAUUAACAAUAAUAAUUCUAUUUAAAAUCUUGAAAACAUUUGUCUUUUCAUAGUUAUGAAGCUUGCAACGGAUAGUUCUUGAUCACAGAUGUUCUCAGUUGCUUCUUUCUUUCUUUCUUUCUUGCUUUCUUUCCAAUAUUUGUUGUUCUCAUCUUUUAGUUUUGUGCCACAAUAGGACGUUUGAAAAGCCACCAGUUUUUUUGUUUUCCUGGGAAGAACCAAAGGUUAAACUAAACUCUAGUGAAAUGGCUGUUUGAUGGUCCUUGAGGUAACCACACGCAUAUUUCAUAUUUGCCACAUCUGAAUGAGAUCAGGUUUUUUGUUUUUUUUUUCACAAUUCCUUCACAAUUCCACACUCCGUAACAGUUUUAGCAGCUUCAGAUGGAGUGCAUUAGUGGAAGAGCUGCUAAUGUAUAUUCUGGAGAGAGAAUACAGGUUUGUUGAAUGGUAGGAAGGGAGGUUAGUUUCCCCAAGUAUUUAUAAAGCCUUUUGACUUUUGUCAGUAGAGAAAUUUCUACUGUAGUUAGACUAAAUCUUACAUUCCUUUUCCUUUUGUCUCUAUUCCAGGUUUCCUAUCUGUUACUUGCUGCUCCUGUGAAAAAUGUCAAAGCUUUGAAGCUUCUCCCAACGAUUUAUAUUAAACACUAAAAAAAAAAUACCCCUCAAUUGUAAAAAUCUAUUUUUAAAUUUCUGAAAUGAUUUCAAGGAAUCAAAACGAUCAGUAUUUAGAUGAUUAAAUUUUCUAAUCUGAAAUUGAGGGGCUGUACAGUAAAUCUUUUUGGGGUUUCGAGUAAUGAGUUUAAUUACACAUCUUUGUGUUGAUAACAGCUCUUUCUCCGUUUUUUUUUGUUGUUUUUUUUUUGUAUUAAACAGGGCUGUGUUAUUAUUUGUUUCAUGUGUUUAUAGAAAAAGCUGGUUUUAUUCAUUAAGUGGAUACCAUUUAGAAUAUUCUAGAAAGAAAUCCACUUUGGCACUUAUAGAAGAUUCUCCUCCUGUGGCAGCAUGGGGAGACCUGGGAGACUCCUUUUAACGGCAGGUGUAACUAUUCUGUACUAUAGUAUUUGUGCAGUACUAUAGUAUAUAUUUGUACUAUAGCCAUGUACUGAGCUUUUGAUCAUGACUUUGUUACAGCUGAGGUAUAGAUUAGAAAAGGUAGAUUAGACACAUUAACAGCUGAGGACACGAACAUACAAAAACAGGUGCCUUUUGUUCUAGCGGUUUUUCUUUUGUUUUUAUUUUUAUUUUUAAUCUUUCUGGUCUUUUUUUGUAUUUUAAAGAUCUUUCUAGGGGGAGCUUAAUUUUUCUUUUUUUUUUUUUUUUAAAUAUGGUCUUAAUGAACAUAUUUGUUGUGAUUAAGCAAUGAACCUCUUAAACUCGCUAUAUUUGAGUUAUGCUGUUGAAGAAAUACUUAAUUCCCUUUCUGUUGCUGCAGCUCUUUGAUUGAGAUUGAGUUGUACGAUUGUCUUUAAAAUGAACCAGUAGAGUAGAGUUGGAUGAGGUAGAGGAAUUAUGCUGAAGUGGUCAAAGAUGCAUUAUAAUCAUAACUUUGCCAAUAUGUGAAGAAGAAUAACAUUUUAUUAUACACUGAGCGUUAACUUUUUUUUGUUCCAUUCAGUAUGGUUUUGUGUGAAAUCUGGAUUUUGAUCAAGCCAAUAU